UUUUUUUUCCCUUUUUAUUUUCUUUUUCGCCUGUCAAAUGUCAACCACACUUCACUAGUUACUUGCAAAUCUACAGACAGACAGACAGACGGACAGACAAGUUAAGAAUUUCGGGGAAAGGAUGACGACCGUCGUAACUUCAGAAAUCAUCUCCACUGUCACCGAAUUCAUGGAUCGCGUUACCGGCAACGGAUCCAUUUUUCCAGCAAAAUUCACCGGCGAAGCAGUCCACUCCGAUUUGAUCCGCAGCUUGUUCAAAGUUCAACACAUCCAUCGCGGCCGUUUGACCUGCUUACUCAAAGUCAAACCUUAUGCUUGCAACCGUUAUAACAGUUUACAUGGAGGAGCAGUUGGAUCGAUAGCAGAGUUUGUUGGCAUAGCUUGUGCUAGAACCGUUGUCGCCAAAGAUAAAGACCUUUUUCUUGGUGAAUUGAGCGUUUCCUAUCUUGCUGCUGCUGUUAACCAAGCAGAACUGAUUGUUGAUGCAUCUGUGGUAAGGAGUGGAAGGAACUUAACAGUUGUUGCAAUAGAGUUCAAGCUUAAGGAUUCAGAACGGUUAACUUACGUGUGUCGUGCUACUUUCUAUAACACGCCUGUUUCCAGCUUAUGAUAAAUACUUGAAGGUUGGCUUGUAUGUCCUAUUCAAUGUUUUUAUGUAAUCUUAUUUGGUAUUGUUUCUGGUCAGUAACAUAAUUAUAUGAUGCGACUAAAGGAACAGAUGGUUCGCAACUCCAAUAAUCUAGCUUGUGAUAACACAAAUCAAGUCUGUGAUCUCUCUCAACUGUAUUACCCUUUCACUCUUCCAUUGAAGUAACCUCAAAUGCAGAAAAGUGGAAAACGAUCAUGUAUGUUGAUAUGUUCUUCGUAUGUUAUAUACAUGUGUAUCAAAC